AACUGUACAUUAGACAUGCGUGAUGAGCAGUUGUGGUAGUGUGUGUAUAAAAAUGUACAGUAGUCAUAAGUAAAGUGGCGGUGUGUGUGUGUAAGAAUGUGCAGUGACUACGUAAAAGUUUUGUGCAAAAUGAGUAGACAUGUCCAUCAUUUUUAAUGUCCACAUAGCUACCUGAUCUUUUAUGACCUACAAUGUAAAACUACACUUAAUAUUUUUUACUAAAAUAAGUGUAAAAUUUUAUUUACAAGGUUCACUAAAAUAAAAAUCUAUAGCUACCACGUGUUUUAUAAAUUUAUUAUUCCAACUUUUUAGACUAUAUACUGUAUAUGCUCAUACUUAUAUUCUCACUCACUCAAUCACUUAGAGUAAUGACUUUAUCUUGGUUGCGGUGGAUCUGGACCCAGUUCUCGGAUGCCUGUUCAUCACCGGACACCAUGCGCACACUCAUUCACACCUAAGUGCAAUUUAUCUUCACCAAUCCACCUAUACUAGCAUGUUUUUUGGUAGGUGGGAGGAAACCAGAGAACCUGGAGGAAACAUGUGGACACAGGGAAAACAUGCACAGAAACUCCACACAGACAGUAACCUGAGCUCAGGAUCAAAUCAGUGACCCUGGAGCUGUGAGGCAUUCUCCAAUAGAUCUAAACAGCAAAAAUGCAAUAUCGCAACUAAGAAUAAAAUUAGCUUAAGAGCGCAGGGCCAGACAUGUUAAGAUGGUGUGGAGCAGUGGGGGGUACAGGGUUCACCGGUGGAAGCGGUGAUUCUGGGAUUUGAACUCUAAAUCCAGCCACUGAUUCAUUUCUGUGAAUGUAUGCCCUAUGUCAAGGUGUUGCUACCUGCUGUCUAUGUAUGUAUGUUGCAUCAUUAAAACAUUUUUUUUUUAUUGUUACUUUUAGGUUUUGGGGUUUUUUUUGUUUUUUGUUUUUGCAUAUUUGACCCCUUUCCAACUGAGAUUAUGCUGAGGUCCAUCUUUUCACACUGAGGACAUCUGAGGGACUCUUACACAACUAUUACAAAAGGUGCAAACAUUCACUGAUGCUCAAGAAGGCAACACGAUACAAUAAAAUCCAGGGGCAUGUAACUUUUGAAUAGGAUGAUCAGUGUAAAUUGUUAUUAUUUUGUUGAAAUGUCUUAUUUUUCAUUUAGUACUUAGUACUCCCCUUCAGAAGCUACAUAAGAUAUUUACAUGUUUCCCAGAAGACAAAGUAAUAACAUUUUAUACUGAUCAUAUAUACUAUAUGAUGUACAUGGAGCAUGUAGCUACUGGAUUAUGUGCUAUUUUCUAUGCUAUGUACUAUAAAAUUUUACAGUACUUUAGUGCAAAUAUGUUUUACUGUUGUUUACGGUAAAAUGUGUUACAGUACCGCUUUACAGCCAUGUUUUUACAAGUGAAGCGCCAUAUGGCGCAUUACCGUACAGUUUACAAUAUAUGCGCAUAGGUGAUUUAGGGGAGGAAACCUGGACCGCAGUGAAUUAGAGAGUAGAGAGUGGGGGCGCAAGAAUCAUUGAGGGCAGGAGAAAGGGACAUCACAUAACAAACACUACUCAUCUCUCUCUCUCUCUCUCUCUCUCUCUCUCUCGCGCAAUACACACACACACUGGGAGGAUGAUGCUCAGCUUGCAGCGCACAGCACCAGUCCUUUAAUAAUGGCACACCAAGAAGACGACGAGAGGACGAGAAGAAAAGCCGACGAAUUUCGAGGUUCUGGAUCAUAAAUGGUGUAACCAUCCGCAACAUGUAGGGUACUAUUUACCAGGGGAAGAAAUCGAGGAGAUGGCGGUGAGGGUGAUUUUAUCCUCCAGAAGGAUCCGGGUUUAGUCUUUGCCUCAGCGAGGAUGGGCUCCCAGGUGCUUCAAACGCUCCGCCAGGGGGUGUGGGCUUCCCUGACCGGCGGAUGGUACCACGACCCCGAGCAGAAUAAAUUCAACAACUCCUGCCACCUUUAUCUGUGGCUCUUCUUGCUCAUGUUGCCUCUGUCUCUACAUCUGGCUCUUCCACCCACAAGUCUGGCCCUCAGUAUUUACUGCACCUCAGUGACCAUUUUCUUCAUCCUCAUUAAGAUGGUGAACUAUCGCCUUCACCUGAUGUUUGACGAAGGUGAAAUUAUACCCCGAAACAGUGUGUCUGACAUCAGCAAAGGUGCCGAAAAAAAGAGUAAUGCCUCAGACACCUGCCGUCGAGCCAGCUUGAGGAAGAGCAGCACAGUACCUGAUUGUGUUGCCAUGACAGUAUUGACUAGAAACAUUCCAAGUCCAGUAAUCCAAGUUACAGUGAAACAGACUGAAACAGACCCUGGAUUGAUUGGGGAGUGCUCAAAAAAGGAUUCAAAGGACACAGAGGGUCAAGAUGACACAUCCUUUCAGAAGUGUAAGGAAAGAACCGAAGCUGAGGAGAAACUGACCCCUGAAGAUGCAUUUAGUCCCAAUACUGACCAAUCAGCCCCACUCUUACAGUCAGAGCAAAGACAGCCAACCCAAGGGGACACAGCUGAUGAAGGUCUGCCCCCUUCUACCAGCAGUGAAGAGGAGGGGAUCCAAGAAGAAGCUGAGAAAGAGACACCACCACUUCCAGACCUCAACAACACUGGCAGUCGGUCCUCAGAGGCUAAAGAGGAUGAAGAGGAAGAGAAGCCUGAGGAGACCUACUGCUCAGAUGAAAUCUCUGUGGUACUGGUUGACAAUUCUGGUUUAUCAACCCGCCUGGAUGAGAAUGAUACGGUGAAGAUCGUCAUCACAAUGAGCUGUGAUCCUCAGACAGCAGCUGAGCUCGAGGAGUCAGUCAGGCUCAGCCUCCUGGAGUCAGUUCAAUACCGCCUGGCUCAGCAAGACCAGAUGGGGGAUUCUCCUGUCAAAAUCCCAGUCAUUACCUUUGAUUCACCUCAAGAGGAGGAAGAAAGCUGUGUCAAAGAUAAUAAAGACAGGAGGACAAAUCCUAAUGAAUUAUCUCCUCAAAAACAGUCUGUGGCUCAUGAGAGUCAAGACUCAAAUGAGCCAGUUGGGUCCAUUUCUGCCCAACAAGAAGCAUUGUCCAUUGAACAUGAGUUUGAGAACCCCAGUCCAAACACUAAUAACAGCUCCUCGGGCAUUGAUGUGCACUCCCAUCCAGAUGAGAGUGAGCACACUGAGCUGAAGUCAGACUCUGAUGGAUUCUUGCAAAUCCCUUCUGGCUUUGGGAGGUUUGGUGGAAGAGGAAGGAUGCAUGCAAGAGGACUUAGCAUUGACAGUGGAAGGGACGCUGUCCUGAUUGGCCAUCGAGCCAAAUCCAAGCUGCAGACCAUGACCUCAUCUAAGUCGGACUUAGAGGACAAAGAGGGCCAAUUGCCCAACGAGUCCAACUUUGUGGAGUUUGUUUCAAUGCUGGAGUCUAUCAGCAGUACCAGAAGUGGGGGAGGGAAGCAAACAGAGGAUCAGCAGAAGGAGGAGCAGAAAACUAAAACAGAUGAGGACACUACAGUUGUGGUGAAGAGCUUAGAACGCACAGACGAGGCUGGACAGCAAGAUCCUCCAAACCCUCCGAACAGUCUGGCUACAGACACACUGCACAGCUUUCCAGAGAAAGAGAUUCCCAUCGUCUCUCCUGACAGUCCUCAGACAGAUAAGGAAAGGGAUCCGGACUACGACUCUCUGCCCUCUCAGACCUCUCAAUCAGAAAGCUCAAUGCUGCAGGUCAUCUGUAGACCAGAAGCAACAUCCAAAGAGGAGGCCUACACCUUCCACACAAUACACAGGGACAGACCUCGCAAGCUGUACAAUGAAAGAUCAUUAAAUUUGCCUCUUGGAGCUGAACUCAUCACAGGGAACAUAUGUGAUCUCCUUUCCACGUCCUCCAACUCGGAGUGCCAGGAUGGGUUAGUGGGUGGGCAUCCUGAUUGUCCGUUUCAGCGCCGUAUCAUUCCAGCUCACCGGCUUCGGCCCAGGAGAACACACCCCGAGAUCUUUCAGGAGGAGGAUUCUAUUGACGACUCCUCUGACACGACUACUGAGGAGAAGCCGUCCCGGAAGCUCUACUAUAAGCUGAAAGUGUUUCCUGGGAAAUGGAUCAACAUCCUGUACGAUCGGUUGACCUUAAUGGCGCUGCUGGACAGGAAUCGGGACUGGAAGGAGAACACGGCUGCCGUGUUUUUAGCCUUCCUGGUUGCUUUUCUGGGCUUUGUGCUCCUGAACCAAGGUUGCUUUAAGGACUUCUGGGUUUUCCAGUUUUGUCUCGUCAUGGCCAGCUGUCAGUACUCCUUAUUAAAGAGUGUCCAGCCAGACGCAGCAUCACCUACACAUGGACAUAAUCAAAUCAUUGCCUACAGUCGAGCUGCAUAUUUCUGCAUGUUCUGUGGCCUUAUUUGGAUUCUGGAGCUGAAGCUGAAAAGAUCAGACCUGCCUGUGUUCACCUUAUACGGCAUUACGAUUGUAAUAUCGGACAUACUCCGAUUUGUACAAGAUGUUUUAAUCGGAUUUACAUACUGCUUUCCAAUAACCUUCCUCCUUGGCCUCUUCCCGCAAAUCAACACAUUUGUUAUUUACUUUCUCGAGCAAAUCGAUAUACACUUUUUUGGUGGAACAGCUGCAACUGGACUCCACUCAGCCAUCUACUGUAUAGGGAGGAGUCUGUUGGUGUUAACAUUACUGUAUGGAUUCUGUUUUGGUGCACUGAAGGAACCUUGGAACGAGCAGCACAUCCCAGCCCUGUUCUCUGGGUUUUGUGCUCUGCUGGUAGCCCUGUCGUACCAUCUCAGUCGACAAAGCAGUGACCCUUCUGUACUGUUCUCUUUGUUUAAGUCCAAAUUCAUGCCAGCGUUCAGUGAAGGCGAGGUGGAGGAAGAGCCCUCUGAGAAUGAAGAUCCUCUUCCAAAGAAGCUCCAGAGCUCAGUGAGAGAGAUACUGAUCUCGGAUCUGAUUGUGUGCACCGUCGCUUCAGUUUUGACUUUCGCUGUCACUGCCAGUACGGUCUUCCUGUCUUUAAGGCCCUUUGUGACCAUAGUGCUGUAUGCACUGGCAGCAACUGUGGGCUUCGUCACCCACUAUCUAAUCCCUCAGUUACGCAAACAUCAUCCCUGGUUGUGGAUCUCACAGCCAGUGCUUAAGAGUAAAGAGUUCCCCCAAUAUGAGCCCUCAGACGAUGCUCAGUUAAUGUGGUUCGAGCGGCUCUAUGUAGGACUCUUGAGCUUUGAGAAGUAUGUCGUGUACCCUGCCAUUGUGCUCAGUGCCCUUACUAAUGAUGGCUUCGCUCUCAGUCACCGGAAAAAGCUGGGUAUACACUGUGAUGUCUUAUUGAUGACAGUUGCUGGGAUGAAGCUUCUGCGCUCGUCCUUCUGCAAUCCCAGCUACCAGUUCCUCACGCUCAUCUUCACCAUUAUUUUCUUCGAGUUUGACUACAGCAGGGCUUCUGAGACCUUCCUGCUUAACUUCUUCCUCAUGUCCAUAGUCUUCCACAAGCUCUGGGAUCUUCUGCACAAGCUGCACUUUGUUCUAGUCUACAUUGCUCCUUGGCAGAUAGCAUGGGGCAGCGCUUUUCACGCCUUCGCCCAGCCCUUCGCCGUGCCACAUUCUGCCAUGCUGCUGGUGCAGACAUUAAUCACCACCGUCUUUUACACUCCACUGAGCCCGUUUCUGGGCAGUGCCAUUUUCAUCACAUCCUACCCACGUCCCGUCAAGUUUUGGGAGAGGAACUACAAUACAAAACGUAUUGACAAUUCCAACAGCAGACUGAUGUCUCAGAUUGACAAGGAUACCGGCUGUGAUGAUAACAAUCUGAAUUCAAUCUUCUAUGAGUACCUGACACGUUCACUGCAGCACUCUCUGUGUGGGGAUCUGCUGCUGGGCCGCUGGGGGAACUACAGCACAGGCGACUGCUUCAUUCUGGGCUCUGAUUACCUCAAUGCUCUCAUACACCUCAUCGAGGUUGGCAACGGACUCGUCACCUUCCAGCUGAGGGGUCUCGAGUUCAGGGGCACAUACUGUCAGCAGCGGGAGGUGGAGGCCAUUACUGAGGGCGUGGAAGAGGAUGAGGGCUGUUGCUGUUGCGAGCCGGGUCACCUGGCCCACGUUCUCUCAUGUAACGCUGCGUUUAAUCUGCGCUGGCUCGCCUGGGAGCUCACCACCACCAAGUACGUGCUUCAGAGCUACAGCAUCAGUGAGAACAACGCAGCCACCAUGCUGCAGCUUUACGACCUACGCAAACUGCUCAUCACCUACUACCUCAAGAGUAUCAUCUACUAUCUGGUGAUCAACCCGAAGCUACAGACGUGGCUUAAGGAGCAGUCGAUCCAUGAGGCCCUGCAGCCCUACAGUAAAUGGCACCAUAUAGAGAGAGACCCAGUGGUGUUCAGCGUUAAGAUUGACGAGGACUACGUCCACUGCCUGCAGGGCGUCACCAGGGCCAGCUACUGCAAUGUCUAUCUCGAGUGGAUCCAGUACUGCGCCGGCAAGAUGGAGCAACCGGUGGACUGUGAUGAGGAUUCUCUUCUGGUCACGUUGUGUUUUGCUCUGUCGCUCCUGGGCAGGAGAUCUCUAGGCACGGCAUCGCAUAGCAUGUCCAACAGUUUGGAGUCCUUCUUGUAUGGCUUCAGCGCCUUGUUUAAAGGAGAUUUCCGUAUUGCAGCGAAGGACGAGUGGGUCUUUGCUGACAUGGAUCUACUCCAGAAGGUGGUUGCGCCGGCAGUUAGGAUGAGCCUCAAACUUCAUCAGGACCACUUCACGAGUCUGGAGGAGAGCGAGGAGCCGGCCGUGCUAUACGAGGCCAUCAGCACAUACAGGAGCUCGCUGGUGAUAUGUGAUGAGGGCGACCCGGCGUGGCGUAAGGCCGUGCUGUCCGGCAGAGAUACGCUACUGACGCUACGCCACACACUGGACGAUGGCAACGACGAAUACAAGAUCAUCAUGCUGUACAAACGCUACCUCAACUUUAAAGUCAUCAAGAUCAAUAAGGAGUGUGUGCGUGGGCUGUGGGCAGGACAGCAGCAGGAACUGAUCUUCCUGCGUAACCGUAAUCCAGAGCGAGGAAGCAUCCAGAACUCAAAGCAGGCACUGCGGAACAUGAUCAACUCAUCAUGUGACCAGCCGCUAGGUUACCCCAUGUUCGUGUCUGCCCUCACCACCUCGUACGCAGGAACACACAAGCACACGGGCAGCAUGUGGGGCGGCACGCUCAGCCUUGAGGGCAUCCGCACAUGGCUCUGCUCCCGGUGGCUCCGUGUAAGCAAGGACAAUCUGACGAGUUGUAACAGCGGGGUGAACAUGGAAGAUGUGGACUGCGCCGGCUCCUCCGUUAGUCAUACACACAACUCCGUCACUUCCCAAAGCGUCAGCACACAGCAGGCGCAUCCACGCAGCUCACGCACCCGACACCACAGUACAGGACGUCGUGAGUAUCGCAGUGGAUCUGUGCAGCCUCAGUGUCAGCGAGCCCCGGUCAGCAGUUGCUCUGGGCCGAUCCUGGAUUUCCAGCAGGGCUCUAACGGUGUUGUGCAGGGCCUCUCCAACAGUCAGCAGUCCUUCAACACCUCCUCUAUCGCCUCUGUCUUCUCCCAGGUGCCGCGUGUGUCUGCGGCGGGUGCCGUGCUCUCAGCUCAGCCACGCUGCAGUCAGGGCUCCUCCUCCAGCUCCACUCUCAGCCUGCUGUUCGGAAAGCGCAGUUUCUCCAGCGGUCUGGUCAUGUCGGGUCUCUCCGCUGCCGAGGGAGGAAACAGCAGUGACACACAGUCAUCCAGCUCUGUCAAUAUUAUCACCGCAGGACCAUCAGUACGCCACACACACUCACAGUUGACAUCAGAAGCGUACGAAAGUAUAGACGCCACGUCCACUGUGACUUCAGGGCCAAAAGACAACACAGCAUCAGGUGAGAAGAGCCAGGAAGGGUCAGGCUCGGGCUCAGCCUUCCACGAGAACUCGGAGCAGAAGAGCACCUGA